CAAUCAACUUCGGGUUCUUUUAUUGGGGUUCUUUUUCAUCCAUCCCCUGAUUUGCGUUCAUAAUUAGUUGUCUGCACCGUGCAAUAGAGAACGUAUCGCUGGUUGUCCGGUGCGUGAGCGUGACCGAGGAAGGUUAUGGGGCGGUCGUGAGUCAGGUGUCGGGGAGUGUCCCUGCGGGUGAGGGUAACAGGCCAACACCCAGGAUUCUCGACCAUGGGCGUGGCGGGAUCGAUGGGCGACGGCGGGGUAAGCCUGAGCGGUGGGUGGGUGGCCGACCACAGGCGGGAGGGGCUCGGGUCCUGCCACCGCCAGUCUCCCGGCUCCUGCCUCCGCGCCACCAACACCACCACUCUCCACCCGGCCGUCAGCUGUUCUCUGCCUUCCCUAGCCGUGGUGAUUGCGUACGUGUUGGUGCCAUAGACUCCUGGACCUGCGACGAGAAAGUGUACUGUUUGAAAAUACGUGAAAAAAAAACUAACACGACAAAAUGAGUUUCUUCAUCAAUUUGACGAACGUGGAGGCAGCUGCCGGCCGGUCCUUAUACAACAUGUCCUAUAACCUGGUGAUGCCCUUCGAGGGGAACUUCUACGGCGGAAACUGGGUGCAAUGGUUCGACAAGAAUUGGGGCAUCGUAUUCUACAUGGUGGGCGCCUACAUGGCCGUGGUGUUCGGCCUACAGGCAUGGAUGGAGACCCGACCUGCUUUUGACCUCCGCAAGCAGCUAUUUGUGUGGAACGUUAUCCUGGCAGUGUUCAGCCUGUACGGGGGCAUCAGGUCCCUGCAGGAACUAAUCUACGUGUACACCAACUUCGGCCUGUACUCCACCUACUGCCUCUGCGGCCUUCGUUUCCUUGACAACCGUGUGGGUGGGUUCUGGAACUGGAUGUUCACGUUGAGCAAGGUGCCAGAGCUCGGCGACACAGUGUUCAUUGUGCUAAGGAAGCAGCCACUAAUCUUCCUCCACUGGUACCACCACGUCACUGUCCUCCUCUAUGCCUGGUACUCCUACUCCGACUACAUCGCCACCGCCCGUUGGUUUGUCUGCAUGAACUACCUUGUCCACAGUGCCAUGUACAGCUACUACGCCCUCAAGGCCCUCAAGUUCCGGGUUCCCCGCUGGAUUGCCAUGAGCAUCACCACAGCUCAGUUGGCCCAGAUGGUGAUGGGAGCAGUAGUAAACAUUUGGGCCUACCAGGUGAAACAGGCUGGCAAUGAGUGUCAUGUCUCCUACGAUAACAUUAAAAUCUCCCUCCUCAUGUACACAUCCUACUUUGUUCUCUUCGCUCGCUUCUUCCGCAAAGCUUAUGUUGUGAACCACAAGCAAGGAGGCUCUCAGACACCCAAGGAGUCUAUUGCUUAUGAAGGGAAAGGUAGCAAGGGUAAACUGGAAUAAAAGCCUAUCUUUACUGGGAUUUAUAGGGAAUAAAACUCAUUAUUGGUCUGUCAAACACAUGGGUCCCACUAAUGGCCAAUAGCUUGCUUGUAUCUUACACAUGUUUAUUUACUACCAGCUGAGGCUAUUGCCAUAUCUAAAUUUCACUGUAAAGUAUUACAGUACAGUAUAUGUAUAAGGAAAUGGUAUUUUACAGUUUAUUCUUUCUUCAGUUUGUCAGUGAAUUUUUAACAUUUCAUCAGUGGUUGCUGACAACAAGAAUUAAGAAUUUUGCAAUAAAAAAAAAGAUUCCUACCAUCGUACUCCUGGAGUUGUUUAUGUUCAGACCUUGCCAUUAAUUCUGAGUUAUUUAUGUUCAGACUUAAAUUGCAACUAUUUUCAUAUUCCUAUUUCAGGUAGCUGACCAAUCCAGUCAUUGAUACCCCUUGCUAAAAUAAAAUUGGUAAUGACAUUUGAAGAAAUGGCCAUACACUACUUCAUUGAUUUGAAGUGGGAACAUAUCUUUUGGUUCCACUCAUAGCUAAAUUUUUAGUCAUUCUGUAGCAUACAAGUAGCUAUUUCAAGCAUUGGCAAACACAAAUAUCAUGCCAAGUGGGAUGCAUUUCAUCCUGCCAUCACCUGCUGCACCCAUGGUGAAUGAACUUUAGUAUGUCUGUAGUUGUGUGACAUAUGUGAAGCUGGGUUUGUUACACAGGCAACCAUCUUUUAGUUAACAGGAAAUUAUAUGAGUCUAGCAGCAUUUUUUUUUUUUUUUUUUUUUUUUUUUUUUUUUUUUUCCGCAGAAAAUCAUAGAAGCACACAGAGCUUCACAGUUAUUGUAAAUAAGCUGCUAUGCAGUUCCAUGUUUAAAAGUGACACGGGUUGUCUACUGUUUCUCCUUUCGUGGCUGUUUUCUUUUGUUGAUCCUGCUCAGUAUAUUUGGCUUAAUUAUGCUACAUACACUAGCAAGGACAAGCACAGUAUUUGGUUGACAUUCCUUUCAUUAUCAUUACCUUCCCUCGCGUUUGAUCUCUUGACUGCAUUCCAUAAAAGAACCUUUAUCUGUACAAAUGUUUCAUUUUCAUUUAGUUGGGGUCAUUGCUGCCCAUACUUCCUACAUUUCACUACCUUUUUUUUCUAUGUGCACAAAAUAUUUUAGAUCAGUGAUAACAUGUUUGGUUGUGUUUGGUAAUGUUUACAAUGUUUUUUGAGUGGUCAGUUGAGUAUUUAUUACAAUUUAUAUUUGUGAUGACAGUAGUGCAGACACGGUUUGGUAGCCUAUGGUAUUCAGAAGUAUUUUCUGGAAAGGUCUUGUUAGUAAAAAGUUUUUUUUUACUGCAGUAUUAAGCUGGGCUUUUUCACUGUAAGUUAUGUACAGUCAUUUUCUUGUCCUUGAUGGUUUCACAUUAAGAUUUGGUUGUUAUGUGGUUAUCACAGUUAUGGAUGCUGAUGUACUGUAAUUGUAUUUGUCAUUACAGUAUGAAGUCAUGUCUAAUUGCCACCUGUUUACCUAACAAAGACUAAGCAGAGUAUAACCCAUCACAGUGAGCUGCAAGCUGCUUUAUAAGUUCCACCAAGGUUUUGUUACAAAUGUUAAAAAUGUCGAUAGCACAAAGUUUGAUUACUGUAUUGGUAAUUAUUUUCACAAAUUGUAUUUAAAUAUUAUACCGAACAUAAGCAUACAGGUUUAGUUAUGAGAACCAUUACCUGGAAAGGUGUAGUAGUAGCAUAACUUUUUCUGAUCAAGAUUUUUGUUGAAUGUUUUUGUGAAAUUGAUGUCAUUUGCAAAGGAAUGCUGCAAAUGUUUUAUAAAAAGGGAGGUUGGCCAAGGGCUAUAUGUGUGAAAAAAAAGCACACAUAGUUGUUGCUCCCUGAAAUGAUUAGCCAAUUCAGUGUGAGAGGCAUCUUGAUACACAUCUUGAAAGUGUUCAAGUCAUAGAAUGGUGCAAAUAUGGAAUCAUAAAGGCAGAGAGUUCCAGAGUUUACCAAUAAAAAUACAUUUUCUUUUAAAAGAAAAGAUACAUAUUGUUCAGAUGCAACAAAUAUACAUUAGUUACAGAGUACACUAAGAGUGUACUACAUGCCAGAAAACUGAACUUAGUCAAAUGAGCAGUAUUGAGUAAAGGCAUAGCAUAUUAAAUGAGAAGCAUAUUGUUAACAUUGUGCAGUGCUUCUACAGUGUGCUGGAUGCACUCUUAGUAUGGGAAAUACAAGGUUUCUUUCGUUUUGAUUACAUACUAACAUGAAAAGAUAUUUAUCAUUGUUUCUUGGCAACAAACUGAUGACACUCUUGGUUGGAAUUCUUACUCCAUACAUAUGUUUUUAAAAUCCAAUAACUACUAAAUAUUAUUCCAUAAAUUAUUUCAUAGAUUACAGUUGAUGCCAAAGACAAAAUGACCACUGCCUCCUAUACAAAACUAAGAAAAGAAAGAAGAAAACCUUGAAUUUCCUCCUUGUGCAGGAUUUUAGGGAUGUUAUUAGUUUAGCUUGUUACUUGGACAAGUGGUGGUGAAAAAUGAAUCUCACUUGUCCCAGCAGCAUGUGACCAGCACCUCAAGGCUUAUGGCUUGGUGCUCUCUUGUUUUGUGAAAUUAUGGUACUCAUGUACUUAGGUUUGUUACAACAAAAAUAACUAAAAAAUAAAAUAAUACAACCACAAUAAAAUGUAAUAUUGUUAUCUUUCUUUUGUGGUGUCUGUUACCUCUCACUGACCACUGCAACAAUUCAGUAACUGUUCUAGAUGCACAAAUGCUUAUGUGUAACAUCAAUUUGUCCAGUUGUCAGUCAUUUUGUGGGUCGGGUGUGAUGUGAAUGCCCAAGGUUGUACAGACAGAUACAGGCAGCAGCAGUUGGAUUUAUGCCCUAAAGAUGAAGUCAUCAACUCUUGCAACAUGCUCUCUGAAACUAAUCUUAGUAUGGAUGCAUUGUUGAAGAGGUAUUGAGGAAUACUGUUGCCUUUAAGUUUCCUUAUGACAAUAGUUCUUUUCAGGCUAAUCAAUGUACUGCUUGCCUUCUUUUUCUUUUUUAAUCAACAUUGACUUGCAUAAUGCUUGAAUAGUAGUGGUGCUGAGAACUUUAAAGUAAGGCUGGUGUUAAUUGUCUAACUGAUCUUAACACAGGUCAAUACUUUCAAGGUAUCUAUUUUAAGGUGCAUAAUGUAUGUGUCCCUCAUAGCAAUACUACUGUACACAUUUUGGAAUCUUUUAACGAAACUUACACCUUCAGUUGAAUUUUGCUUCAUUAUUUUGUGUAGUAACAAAACACAGCCAUAUCACAUAAGGGCUAGCAUCAACUACUGCUGCCUGGUGGUGCCCACAGGUUAAUAAAUGGAAGAACAAUGA